AUGGCCGCUCCUAUACAAUCAUCCUCCCGGCGCAUCGUUCCACCCUUCUUCUCUCGCGACCACCAAGCUGGCCUUGCGAGCCUUCUCAGCCAAACCUACAAUAAACCAGUAACCCUCAACCUCAUCAAGCUUCAGCGUCCACACGGAGAAGCCGACUUACUGGCCCAACACGUCGUCCAACGGCUCAAGGACCGCAAGAACUCGCCACGCCGCGUCAUUCGAGAUGCCGCGUGGAAAGCCAAUCUACCCACCCAGACCGCCAUCACAGCACAACGGCAGGAGCUCAUUCAGAGAAGAGCUACCAUCAAACCACCCACGCUGGAGACGCUGAAGAUCGGCAAUGAUGCGCAGAAAACGGGGUUCAUGGGAGUGAGGGACGUGUUGAAGGAUUUGGCGCUGCCGCAGGUGAGCAGCGUGGCGGUAGAGGCAGCUGGGCGUUUGAGUCAGCGUAUCACGGCCAAUCGAGCUCAAGGCAAGGUGGCGAGAAGAGGUCUGACGGCCAAGGGAGAAGAGCACAUCAUAAGAGGGGCAGAAAAGGCGAACCAGACGGAAGGGAUGCGGGCGGGCAAGAGGAGGAUUGGUGCCUACGGCAUCAGAGUCAACUUGGGGCAUUCAUAA